GAACUAAACAAACUUUAACAUUGGAACUGAGAUUAUAUUAUUAAGAAAUCAUGAAGAUGAAAACGUCGGACAAAGUACUUUUAGAACUCAAAAAAGCAGUGGAUAAUGUGGAAAUUGUGGAUGCUCACUCCCACAACAUUGUGGCCAUUGAGUCCGAUUACCCUUUUCUCAAAUGCUUCUCAGAUGCUAAUGGUGAUGCUUUAAUUAACGCAGCUUAUACCCUCAACUUCAAGAGAGGGCUGAGGGAACUCACAGAACUGUAUGGCCCAAGUUUAGCCUUAAGCUUAGGUUUGCAUACUGUUCAAGAAACUCGCCGGAGCUUAGGCUUGCAGCAGAGUGCUCUUACUUGCUUCAAGGCUGCAAAAAUUUGUGCUAUACUAAUUGAUGAUGGAAUUGAUCAGUUGGAUAAAAUGGUUGACAUUGAAUGGCACAAAAAAGUUGUACCAAAGGUUGGUAGAAUACUACGAGUCGAAUGUGUAGCUGAAAAGAUUCUUGACAAGGGUUCAGAUGGAGCAACAUGGACACUGGAUUCAUUCAUGGAGAUUUUCACUAAGGAGUUGAAGUCAGUAGCUGAUAAGGUUAUUGCCUUUAAAAGUAUGGUUGCAUGUCGUAGCGGCCUUGCAAUUAAUACAGAAGUCACUAAAAAGGAGGCUGAAGAAGGCCUGAGUGAUGUUUUACACGCUGGGAAUCCCGUGCGAAUCUCAAACAAGAACUUCAUUGAUUAUAUCUUUAUGCAUGCUUUGGAGGUGGCUCAGAGUUAUGACUUGCCCAUGCAGAUACACAUGGGUUUUGGGGACAAGGAUUUUGAUAUGAUGCUAGCUAAUCCCCUUUAUCUUCACAAUCUUCUUGAGGACAAGAGAUUCACUAAUAGCCGAUUAGUGCUUUUGCAUGCGUCCUACCCAUUCUCAAAGGAAGCUUCACAUCUGGCUUCUGCAUACCCUCAAGUAUAUCUUGAUUUUGGGUUUGCAAUUCCUAAACUUAGCUUCCAUGGAAUGAUAUCCUCAGUGAAAGAACUUCUGAAGCUUGCUCCGAUGAAUAAGGUUAUGUUCAGCACUGAUGCCGUCGCGUUUGCUGAAGCCUUUUAUCUAGGUGCAAAGAGAGCACGUGAAGUGAUAUUCUCUGUUCUAUGCGAUGUGAUGGUUGAGAGUGAUCUUUCAAUUACAAAAGCUAUUGCAGCCGUUAAAGAUAUUUUUGCAGAAAAUGCAAAGAAGUUGUACAAAUUACACAAACUUGAUGUUCCUCCAAAAGAUUGUGAUAUAGAACCUCAUAUACCGUCUCCCUUCAUGAAGGAAGACUUACAUAUCUCAUUAAAGGAUUCUUCAACAGAUUCUGAUGUAGAACCUUAUAUAUCAUCUUACUUCCAGAAUGAAGAGUUAAAUGGUUCAUCAAAGGAUAUUACCCUUGUUCGCAUUAUAUGGAUAGAUGCUUCUGGCCAACAUAGAUGCCGUGGCGUCCCACGACAGCGUUUCUAUAGCUUUGUGAAAAAGCAUGGUAUAGGCUUACCUCGUGCAUGUAUGGGGAUAAGUUCAGUGUCUGAUUCACCGGUAGAGGACUCUAAUCUCACCUGUUCGGGUUUGAUAACAAUUGUUCCGGAUUUAUCAACCAAAUGCAGAAUUCCAUGGGCUAAACAACAAGAAAUGGUUUUGGCUGACAUGUGUACUAAAUCUGGUGAAGCAUGGGAAUAUUGUCCAAGAGAAGCUUUACGCAGAAUCUCUAAAAUUUUAAAAGAUGAAUUCGGCUUGGUUAUGACAGCUGGCUUUGAAGUUGAAUUUUACUUUCUGGAGAGUGUAAUAAAGGAUGGCAAAGAAGAGUUUGAAUCAUCGGACAAGUACAGGAAGUGCCAUACAUCAGCAUUUGAUAUUGCAUCCCCAAUGCUUGAGGAGAUGCUCAAUUAUCUUCAGUCCUUGAAUAUUACAGUAGAUUAUCUGCAUAAAGAAGCUGGGAAAGGUCAAUUUGAGAUUGGACUGGAAUACACAGAUUGUUUUGGAGCAGCUGAUAGAUUAAUUUAUACACGUGAAGUCAUCAAAACAAUAGGAAGGAAAUAUGGAUAUCAUCCAACUUUUUUGCCAAAGUAUUCAUUAGAUGAAUAUGGCUGUGGAUCAAAUGUGCAUAUUAGUUUGUCCAAGAAUGGAAUAAAUGUUUUUAAGGCAUCUGAUGGAUCAAGUGAAUAUGGUAUGUCCAAGAUUGGGGAAGCAUUCAUGAGUGGGGUGUUAGAUCAUCUUCCUGCCGUACUUGCAUUUACUGCACCACAUCCUACAAGUUAUGAGCGCCUAUUUUCUACAAAUUGGAAUGGACGAGUUGUCAGCUGGCAGAAAGAAAACAAUUAUGCAAAAAUUAGUACCUGUAGACUUCCCGGAGCUGAUGUUGUAAGCCAUUUCGUAUGUCCUGCAUUUGAUGCAUGUACGAACCCAUACCUGGGACUUGCUUCUAUACUUACUGCUGGGAUUGAUGGCUUGCGGAAAGAUUUGAGCCUUCCUGCACCAGUAGAUAGACAGACUCCUGGUGUCAAUCAAGAGGAUUAUCGAAGAUUACCAGAUUGUCUUACCGAGUCUUUAAACGCUUUAGAGGAAGAUACGUUAUUUAACAAGAUGAUGGGUGAUAACCUUGUGGUUUGCAUAAAAGCAAUUCGCAAGGCUGAGAUCAAUCACUAUUCUGAAGAUGAUGAACCAUACAAGGACCUAAUACACAAAUAUUAGGUUGAUCUUGUGUACCUGUGAGAGGAGGAUAGUUUAUACUCCUAUUGUUUAUGAUCACAAAUAUGAGCUUAUUUUGCUAUAUGCACUUCUCCUGUUGCUUCAUGUUAGCACUUGUUUAAUUAAACAUUUUAGUACUUUAAGCUCAAUGUUGGUUAAAGUGCAUCAAUGGUUUGGCAUCAAGGGAAUUGAACCUUCUUGCAGACAAAUGCAUGAUAUUUAAGUGGAAAAGAGUAGAGGGGCUGCAAUUAAGUUUCGAAUCGUGCGUUAUUUACCCUCGAGGAUUUCUUAGUUAUUGAAAAAAGAAAUAGUUCCUCA